GCCUUACCUUCUCUAACGAACAGCUGCUGCUGAAACUUGAAAAAAGCGGACUUUGCGAAAACCAUUCAAAUCUUGGAAAAUCCGGAAACCAUGGACUCCUCACCAAAUGAUUUUCUAAACAAGGUCAUUGGAAAACCUGUAGUCAUUCGAUUAAGUUCUGGUGUGGAUUAUCGUGGAACUUUGAGUUGUCUUGAUGGUUAUAUGAAUCUUGCUUUGGAACAAACAGAAGAAUAUGUCAAUGGUAAAAAGACAAACGAAUACGGUGACGCUUUUAUUCGUGGUAACAAUGUUCUGUAUGUUUCUGCAUUAAAUGAGCAAUAGUUUUUUUUUUCUCAAUUCAUGUUAUGACAAUUACGCCUCUUUGAUUGAUUAAGAGUAAAUAAAAAGAAAAGCCUUUUACUGGGUUGUGUUCCGGACAAUUGCAACGGGAUUGUGCAAAUGGUUUAGAAUUAGUACUUGUGAACAUUUUAUCUUAUACAUCAUAUUAUACUCUGUCUCCGUUAUUUAUAUCGAUAAUCAACAUGUCCUUUUUUAUCAUUAUCUGUAAAAUAUGCUGUUCAGAGUAGUCAAAUAACUAAG